GUGAUGGUCAAACAGGUAUAGUUUUUAUUUUCAAAAACAUUGCAAAUGAAAACUUUACCGUUUAGUUGUAUUUUUAACACAAGUAAGUUACAAUUAACAUAACAGAUUACACAACAUGAAUGUUUUGUGGUCUGAUGCUGACCAUUUUACCCUUUCUCUUCAUUAUUGGAUCAUUUACUAGCUUUUACUCCCGACUUUCGUGCGGAAUUAACUACAAAAAUAUUUUAAUCCUAUCUUUAAUUACAUCAAGGAUAGUGUAGCUUCACAAUAUUGGGUUUUUCAAAUGAUUUCAGUAGUUUUAUGGAAUAUUCAAUAGAAAUAAAUCCUAUAUCUUUACAACAUAAAGGGUCCAUUGGUCAUUACUGAGUGUUGCGGGAAUGUCAUAUUUGUUAGUGUGAUAGCAUAAGGAAGCAAUGGUUAUUACUUGCAUAUACAAGUAAUCUCCACUGUUAUUAUCUAUUGCUAAACAGAGGCAAGAGAUAAUUGCAUGCAUAAGCUUAUUUCAAGGACAGGGAAGUAUGCAAGUUUAUGAGUGACAUCAACACAAAUAAUUCCAUCAAACACUUAGUUUUAGGAUCACUGAGUUCGAAAAAAAUGUUUUUUUUAAUAAUGCUCGAUCAAAAGAUUUCUUUUACAGGGAUCCUGAUUAAUUCUAACUUUGUUUAGUUAAUAUGAAAGUUUGAUGUUGUAUUAAAUUAAAGGAAAUAUGACAACAAACUGGCCGGUUGCAAUAUGAUAGUUUUUUUUCUAUGUGUUUGAAUAGAAAAGGAUUCCAUAUUUAAAUGGGAUACUUUUUUUAAAGUUUAGUUCUUAAUGUUUAAUGGUGACGGAAGCUACCAGGAUUUUUGUGUUCUGUUUGCAACUUCUGAAAUGCUGUAAUCCAUUGUAAGCUAUUUUAAUUUUGCUGUUAGUGUUUUGUUUUGUCUUUGUCUCUCAUACUUGUUUUUAGAGUAAUAUUUGUUUAUGACUAAGGUAUGCGAACUGCUGUAGUAUAUGUUUUGUUUUGUUUGUUUGCACGUUUCUGCGUCCUUCACGCACCCAUCAUAGAUAUUUUUCUUUGACUCGCUUUUUGCAUAAACGCUUUUCACUUUUACCGCAAAAUGUGGAUACAUCAGGCAUAUGUGAAUAUUGAUUUUACGAAAAAUAAAAACCAUAAAAUCUUGGUACGAAGUUAUUCUUGCUAGCUAUUUUAAUAUAGAUACAAAUAAUGUUUAUUUUAUUUUUCGAUCGAUGUUAUCAACGUGUAAGACACGAUAAGCGACCAUUUUUGUGACGGGUCUUUUGAAACUAGCCGGGGCAACAUCAAAAUAACAAAAAAAAAAAAAUUUGUAAAACUUUAUUUGAAAAAAAUUGUUGCGCCCGUCUAGUGACUCAUAUGCAGGUUCUAUGUGAGAUUUUUGUAUAUUAUUGCAUGACGUUCCGCUUAUGGUUUUCAUGCCAAAUCAGUAGAUUAUAAUUUAUUUAAAUGUUACAGUGAACCUGCUUGUGAGAAUGAGCUCGAGUUCCAUUUAUAGUGAGGGGCCUGUCGUUUAAUUAAUCCGUUCCUCUCCUGACGUGACACGCCCUAACUACGACUGGAACACGAUCGCUGACUAUAAUAGUCUAGAUAUAACUAAUGUCUUUUUUUAAGGUUCCUUUUCGUGUGAUGAUUGUUUUGUUACCUAUGAUGUUCAAUGAGAAAUGAUCACACACGACCCGCACCGCACAUCGCUUCACUAAUCCCGUCUUGUUUUCUCUGUUAGAGAGGCGCGGCCGGGCUGUGUGGUCAUUAGUGUAAGGAAUGCAUUGUAAAUAACAUUUGGUAGGCGAUCAGCACUCGCACACCGUGUUGACUUCGAACCUAACCUACCAAAUUAACGUUGCAAGCUGUCGGACCAGUUUAGCACUUUUUAAAUCUGUGCCGAUGGUAGUGGUCACUGCAGAGGGUUUUUUCAAUGUUUUUGGUAUAUUUAAAGAUUUUUUUUUUUUGGAAAAACUCGAGCGGUUCUGUAACGCGUUGUAUGGGCAUCGCUUGUCGUUAACACCGGCGUUGGCGAAAUGUGUAGGACGCGAACUGUCUAUGAUAUUUAACAUCAAACGCCUACACUGUGGUAGCGAUUUAAAAAUGGCGGGUAUUUUAAAAUUGUUUACAGCUGUCAAUGUGUAGUCUAUGGUUCCGCCAUUUUUGUUCUCUGCCACACCGCUACGUCUAGCGUGAAUGAACGGGCUUGGGUUGAGGCGCGCCGCGGCGCUCGCAUCGUCAGACAGUCCAGCGCAACCAUAUCUCGUUAUUUCAUAAAUAAAGAAAUAAUCAGUACUGUCUAAUAUUUGAUAUAUGUCUUUUACGAGGGCAACUAAAUUACUAAGUAAUAAAUAUUACGUUUAAAUAUCAAAAUCGUUAAAUAAAUGUGUAAAAUAAGCAUAUAAACAUUUGGAUGUAAUGAUAAUAUUGAUAAUUAUUACUUAGAUCAUAUCUAGCACUGUUAGGAAAACACAGCGGCCCCAUUUUACAAACUGCCACUUAGAUUCUAUUCACUAAACUGUACAAUGGCGUAAUUGUCGUGUAGUGUUUGCUGUGACUUAUUGCUACGAAGCCGGUGCAAGCAUUUAAGAAUUAAACUUGCACAUGUUUCAUGGUGAUAAAUGUUGCCCUCGUAAGAGUGAGAUGUGGUUGCGGGGCGUGUCAGGCGGGGUUGGGGGUUGUUCCGGCGUGACUCGGCAAAUUGUUGCAGUGACCCCGCCUCUGGGAGCCUACCCGCAGCCUCAGCCACCGCAGGGACCGUUCCUGCCGGCGCCCCCGCAUCAGGCCGCACCGCAGUACGGUGUGGCAGGCGGUGCUCCGUACAGCGUAGCGUUCGGUGGCGCGGGCGCAGGCGCAGGGGGAGUGUACGCGCCGCCCCCAUAUGACCAGCUCCAGCAUCAUCAGGCGAUACCUGCCCUCAGCCAGCAGUUACCCAUGUACAGUCCAGCGGCGGCGAUGUACGCGGCGGCGGCCGGCUACCCCGGGUACAUCGGCUACCCCGUGCAGUACUACCCCUACUACCCCGCCGCCAUGCAGCCCUCCAUACAACCCCUCAGGCCCACCAUCAUGAUACCGAAUGGGUUCGAGGCGAGCGGCAGGUUCGAGGGUCUGGCGCAGACGCUGCUGCCGCCCGCGCCGCCCGGCGUGCCGCCCUCGCCCGCGCACCUCGCCGCCCUGCAGCCGCACCAAGUGCUGUGGCGUUAAAGUAGUCCCUCAACGAGCAGCGCCGACGGCAGCAGACAAGCGAACAAGCAAACAGCCAGACAACUUGGCUCUAAAGUUAUUUAUUAUAUCAAAAUGUUUACGGUAUGCUUUAAAAUUGUAUUUAAUGAUCUAAAAAAAAACUUUUCGAUAUUUUGACGAAUUUAGUCACAAAAUAAGUAUUAACGUCACAAAUUAAAUGUAUUUCUUAGUGAAUAAGUUUUCCAAUGCUUCUCUUUAAUAGAAAAGCGAUUUGUUUUGGAUAAAACCUUUAAAGUAUUGUAAAGAAUUUUAUAAUGAAAACGGUUACAUCGUAGAUGUCACAGAUGUAACUGUUUUCGUAGUUAUUUUAAAUGUCUGUUUGUUCGUCGGCGUUAGCCUGAUAAAUUUAACUGUGAUGUCUUGUUAGGGUCCGUUUUCGCAGAUUUGAGAGCAGUUUAUUAGCUAAUUAAAUGACCUUAUAUUGGAAGGUUUAAUUUUACUACACAAUUAUAUUGCUUUAUUGUGCAAAGUAAAAAUAAACCUCAUAUCAAUGGAAUAGAGUUAAUUUUGUGAAAACUGCACUUAGUCUGUGAGAAGUGACUCUUACUGGUUUUUGUGUUUGCCACUUUGACUGUUUAAUAUUUAAUCUAUCGCUCUCUAUUUUAGAUUUCUCAAAAUAAUUAUAUGUCUAAUUUGAAAUUUAGCAUUUUGUUAGCUGAAUUUUUUUCAUUAUUGUUAGUUGUAGUGUGAAUUUAAAAUAAUAAACCGCAGUAAUUAUAACUACCACACUUAAGCAGUCGCUUAGUGUAGAUUAAAACCCAAUCAGCACUAAGGACUAGCAGUACAUGCAUGUUGAUGGAAAUCCAAUACCUGGUUAUUAGUCAAAUGGUAUUUUUGAUACUUAUAUAAAUAAUUUGCAUAUCAAUGUAAAAUUCAUCUUUAAAAGAAACUAAAUAUUAGUAGAUUCCACAUUUUUUAUUAAUAAAAUAACUCAUAGUAAAAUAACCUGGUAAAUACGAUCACAAUACGAAUUCCCGAAAAAUAGGCAUUUUUACAUUUGUCAUAUUAACUGUUCUAUUUAGAUUUUUUACUGUUUUGUACUAAGUUACGUAUUGAACAUUUU